AAAACGCGUUCCUUUUAAAUUCUCGUAACUUUAAAUUUUUUUUCCCUCAAUAAACCUGUUCCUUUUUCUUUGGUAAAGUCUUCUUUUACUUCAAAUACCGAGGCAAAUACAGAAUAAUGAGCAGCCAUCACAACGCACCUUCUGAUUCUAAUCCUGAUACACCUCGACCUCAGGAUCGUCGUACAGAACUACUCUCAUCCCAACUUGAGCCUUACUCACCUGGUCCUACAUCCCGAUUAGCAGGUUCACCAGCACGUUUGAGAAAUCGACGAUAUGAAUUAUCUUCUACUCUUAUGGGCGAAGACAAUGGUGUCAGCUCUCCUUUAGCUUAUCCAUCCACUCCUUCACGUACUACUAAUCUUGGAACUUAUGGUUCACCACGCACACCACGCACCAACACCACAUACGUUCGUACACCAUUUGCACCUCAAACGCCUAGUAACAACAAUCGAUACGCUUCUUCCAUGGGAACCAUGGGGGAUACCCAAGAAACUGACCCUUCUACUUUAGAACGUGUUAUUUGGGGCACAACAAUCCAAGUGGAAGAAACCCAGAAACUCUUUCGCCACUUUUUAGAAACCUUCACUUUAGCCCACCGCAAGCGCCAAAAUGAUGAAGUUAUUACAGAAGAAGAUAGAAAGCCCUUUUAUCCAAUUCUGCUGAAUCACAUCUACGAAACCAACGGCACCACUGUCAAUCUGGAUUGUCGCAACUUGAGAGCAAUGCCAGAAAUAGAAAAGCUAUACCAGCAAUUAAUAAAAUAUCCUCAAGAAGUAAUCGCUUUGAUGGAUAUGGAAAUUUCAAAAUUUUAUAGAAAGUAUAUGCUAACAAUAGAUGAGCUUUCACCUGAGGGCUGUUUGAGAGUUCAACCCUACAACUUGGACAGAAGUGUAAAUAUGAGAGAUUUGGACCCACAAAAUGUCGAUCAACUGAUCACCGUCAAAGGUUUAAUGAUUCGUGCUUCACCAGUCAUUCCUGACAUGACGCAGGGUUAUUUCCGUUGUUUGAUCUGUGAUACUAGUGUUGUCGAGGCAAUAGAUCGUGGGCGUAUCAUAGAACCUACUCGCUGUCCAAAUCCGAACUGUGGCUCCGAAAAUUCUAUGACUUUGAUUCACAAUCGUUGCUUGUUUGUUGAUAAACAGGUUGCCAGAAUUCAAGAGACCCCCGACAGUGUCCCCGAUGGUCAAACACCUCAAACGGUCACGAUGUGUUUACGUGAUAAUAUGGUAGACGUUGUGAAACCAGGAGAUCUGUUGGAAGUAACAGGUAUUUUCCGUGGUGUACCUGUUCGUGUUAAUCCUAGACAAACUGUCAUUCGUUCUUUGUUCAGAACGUAUUUGGAUGUAGUACAUAUCAAACGUACAGACAAAAAGCGUUUACAGACCGAAAAAACAUUCUUAAAUGAAUUUACAAAUACUCCAUAUGAAGAGACGGACGAAAUCCAACCUGUUUCCACUACCGAUGAAAAUGAGAUUUUAGCGUUUUCACGCCGCUCUAACCUUUAUGAAACGCUAUCUGCUUCGCUUGCGCCUAGCAUUUUCCAGCUUGACGAUGUGAAAAAGGGUAUCUUGUUACAGCUCUUCGGUGGCACCAAUAAAACGUUUCAAAAAUCAGGUUCACCUCGUUUUAGAGGCGACAUCAAUGUGUUAUUACUAGGUGAUCCAGGCACCAGUAAAUCUCAAAUCUUACAGUAUGUUCAUAAAAUCGCUCCUCGUGGUGUUUAUACUUCUGGUAAAGGUUCUUCCGCUGUCGGUUUAACUGCCUAUAUUACCCGUGAUCCUGAUUCACGUCAACUUGUUCUGGAAAGCGGUGCAUUGGUUCUCAGUGAUGGAGGUGUUUGUUGCAUUGAUGAAUUCGAUAAAAUGUCGGAUGCCACGAGAUCUGUAUUGCACGAAGUAAUGGAACAGCAGACAAUUUCUGUUGCCAAGGCAGGCAUUAUCACUACCCUUAAUGCAAGAACCUCAAUCUGCGCGUCAGCCAAUCCUAUUGGUUCUCGAUGGAAUAAGCAAUUGUCAGUGCCUGCUAAUUUGAACUUACCGCCCCCUCUUCUUUCACGUUUCGACUUAUUAUAUUUAAUCUUGGACCGUGUUGAUGAAGAUUCAGAUCGUCAAUUAGCGAAGCAUUUAGUAGGUUUGUACAUGGAAGAUAACCCAUUAACAGCAGGUCAAGAUAUUGUCAGUGUUGAAUUCUUAACAAAAUACAUCAACUAUGCAAGAGAAAAGAUACAUCCCAAUUUGAGUAACGAAGCUUGUGAGAAGCUAGUGGACAAUUAUGUGGAAUUGCGCAAACGUGGUCAAGACAGAGGUAGUAGUGAAAGCCGUGUCACAGCCACCACACGUCAAUUGGAAUCUAUGAUCCGUAUGUCAGAAGCACAUGCAAAGAUGAGAUUGUCGCAAGUUGUGGAAGUGAAGGAUGUAGAGGAAGCUGCCCGCCUUUUACGUGAAGCUAUCAAAGAUUAUGCUACUGACCCUAAGACUGGCCGUAUUGAUAUGGAUCUCAUUCUCUCCGGCCGAUCUUCUAAUGAACGCAUAAUUCAAAAUAGCCUGAAGGAAGCUAUCAUGUCUAAAUUGACUACUUAUCCUCAACAGCGCGCUGAAGCAAAUAGAUUAUUUACUGACCUUAAUGAACAAAGUCAGGUUCCUGUCGAGAAUAGAAUGUUUGAAGAUGCUUUACACUCGUUACAAGAAGAAGGAGCAAUCGGGAUUGCUUCUGACGGUCGCAGACGUACUGUUCGUAUUUUAUAAUCAAGUUAUAGACUUAUGUUUUUCUUUCCUGUCGCAUUAUCUUUUGUUUACCUUUCCUACUCACGUACGUAAUAUCAUAAAUCUAUUUAAUCCUUUGUUAAUACAAAUAUUUUUCUUUACUUAUGCGCGCAUAUUAUGGCGGUGAGAUUGGAAAAGCAGCA